AUGCCCCCCCUCAUUUUUUCCCUCCUCCUCCUCCUGCUGGCUUUCCCCGCCUGUCUGACCUCGUCGGCUUCGCGGGAGUUAGAGUUCAGAGGUCAAAGGACGCCGAGGGACACGAAGCAGGACUCCAUCAAGGUGGUGAUCUCGGAGGGUUGUGUCACUAAUGGGGACUCAUCCGACUCAAGCCAGGGAGGUAAAGAAAUAGACCUGCAACCUGGUUCUCCUCUGGUCCUGACCCACCAGAUAAAACUGGUCCCAUCUGGGUCUGGGUCUGGGUCUGAGUCGUGCGGCUGCGAGGCGGACUUUGCUGUCCUGAGGGAGCGUGUGGAGCGGCUGGAGAGGGAGGUGUCAGCACUGAGGGAGAAGUGUGGAGGAGCUGAGGGCGGAUGCUGCACUACCAAGGAGAGCAAAGGUGCUGGGUGUUCCAUCAAGCCGGAGAUGGACGACUGCCCCAACGAGUGCAGUGACCAGGGACGCUGCGUUGACGGCCGCUGUGUCUGCUUCCCAGGCUUCAGUGGGCCUGACUGCAGUGACUCCAACUGCCCCGCCAACUGCCACAACAGCGGGAAGUGCAUCAGUGGGCAGUGCGUGUGCGAUCCCGGUUUUUCCGGCCCAGACUGCACAUGGAGAGAUUGCCCAGACAACUGCAGCGACCGGGGACGCUGCAUUAAUGGCAGGUGUGCGUGCGACGCCGGCUUCAGCGGUCCAUCCUGCUCCCAAGAAUCCUGCCCGGGAAACUGUAACAACAGGGGGCGCUGUGUUGAUGGACAGUGCAUGUGCGAUCCACAGUUCACUGGGCCUGACUGUUCAGCAAAAGCCUGCCCAGGAAACUGCAACGGCCGGGGGAGGUGCGUGAAUGGCCAGUGUGUCUGUGAUUCUGGUUUCACCGGUCCGGACUGUUCUACUAAAGCUUGCCCCAACAACUGCAACAAUCGUGGGAAAUGCGUCAACGGUAAAUGUCAAUGCGACGUAGGCUUUGCUGGGCCGGAAUGUGGCGCUAAAGGCUGCCCCAAUAACUGCAACAAUAAGGGCCGAUGUGUAAAGGGACGGUGUGUCUGCCGGCGCGGGUUCACCGGACCGGACUGCAGCCAGUGUGAAGCAGGGAAGACUGGACCCAACUGUGAUGUUGUCAUGUCAGGUGUUACCCAGCUGAGUACCCGCGACAUCACAGAGACGUCUGUCACUCUAAUCUGGACUCCGCCCCCUGUCCAGUACCAAACCUACCACAUCACCUUCACCAGCCAGAAAGAGAGCGACCAACAGAUAACGGUGCAGGUGGAGGGCAGUCUGACCACCUACAGCCAGAUGGGCCUGGCGGCCGGGCAGGAGUACACCGUCACCAUCGCCGGAGAGACGGACGGCAGGAUGGGAGCCGAAAGCUCCGCCGAGUUCGUGACCCUCAUCUCCGGUCCCUCGAACCUCCAAGUCGUCAAGACGGCCACCACGUCCGCGGUCGUCCAGUGGGAGCAAUCUCAGGGCGAGAUUGACAGGUAUCGCUUGACCAUUUCUCCCAAUGAUGGGGUGGGAAGGAGUCAAGAAUUGACCCUGCCACCUGACAGCGACUCCGCUCAGAUUGAGCAGUUGGAGGCGGGUCGUUUGUAUGAUGUCAUACUUGUGGCGGAGAAGGGCACCAGCAUGAGCGAACCGGCAAUCAUCCAAGCUACGCCUGGUCCGGAGCCUCCUUCUGACCUCGUCUUCAGCGAGAUCACCGAAAACUCGCUGACCGUGUCCUGGACCAAACCCAAGAGCCCCGUCAGUGGCUUCAAGGUCACCUACACACACACAGAAGAAGGAGAGCCGGUUUCCGUGUCGGUGGGCUCGGAAGACUCCACGCUGGACCUGUCGCAGCUUACUCCAGGAUCCACAUACGAGAUCAGCGUCCUCUCCGUCCUGGGACUGGACGAGAGCGACGCGCUCCAGGAUGUUGCAAUGACACCCCCCGACCCACCGACUGACCUUCGUGCGUUAAACGUCACUGACACCAAGGCCUUGUUGCUAUGGCGACCGGCACUGGCUGCCAUCGACAAAUACGCCAUAGUUUAUAGUUCAGACAAAGGUUCAGAGGUGAGGAUCACGGUGUCUGGAAAUGCAGCAGAGCAGCAGCUGGGUGACCUGCAGGAGUCCACAAAAUACACCGUCACCAUCACCAGCCAGCUGGGAGACCUGGGGAGCGCCCCUGCCACGACUACAUUCACCACCACUAGGGGUUCCGGGGGAGAUGGCGGGGGACCGCAAGAUCUACAGGCCAGCAGAGUGACCCCUCGCACUACCCUGUUGUCGUGGAAACCACCCGCCGCUACUGUGGGCACCUAUAAACUGACCUAUCAGACGGAAGGUCAAGAAGCAAAGGAAGUGACCGUUGACGGUGCAGUAACAGAGUUUAGUCUGGCCAGACUUCACCCAGGCUCUAAAUACACCGUCCAGCUGCAGGCGGAGACGGGAGGGGUCCACACGACAGCCAUUUCUACAGACUUCACCACAGGUUCCCUGCGGUUUCCCUUCCCAACCGACUGCUCCCAGGAGCUGCUGAAUGGCAUCAAGGAGUCGGGUGAGGCGGAGGUCUUCCCUAACGGCAAACAGGGUUCACCUCUGAUGGUCUACUGCGACAUGGAAACGGACGGGGGCGGCUGGACGGUCUUCCAGAGGAGAAAAGAUGGCUCAGUAGACUUCUUCAAAGGCUGGAAGGACUAUGCCAAAGGAUUUGGAGACCUGAGUGGGGAGUUUUGGCUGGGCCUGGAGAACCUCCACAUCCUCACGGCGAUGAGCAGGAUGGGUCUACGCGUGGACCUGCGUGCCGGAGACGAGGAGGUGUUCGCUGAAUACUCCACAUUCGAGGUGGCCAAGAGGAACUACAAGCUGACGGUGGCUGGAUACAGCGGCACCGCUGGUGACUCCAUGACCUACCACAACAACCGUCUGUUCUCCACCAAGGACCGUGACCCGAUGCCCUUCAUCACGCGCUGUGCCAUGUCGUACCGCGGAGGCUGGUGGUACAAGAACUGCCACGAGGCCAACCUCAACGGGCUGUACGGCAUCGACGUCAAACACCAGGGAAUAAUCUGGACUUCCUGGAAAGGGCAAGACUUCUCCAUCCCCUUCACUGAGAUGAAGAUGAGGCCAUCAGCCUUCAGUCCUCCUGCUCUGGGAUGACAAGGAAGAGAGAGGGAUCGAGAGAGAGAGCGAGAGAGAGAGAGAGAGAGAGAGAGAGAGAGGCUUCUUCAUGAACACAACCAAUUAUGAACUUGUAUGAACCUUUAAACAUACAUACGGACACGGGUGCUGACAGCCAAACACAGAUGUGUGGAUCCAAACGCAAACAUUCAUGUACAUGCACAAGGAUGCAUGUGCACAAAACACACACACAAACACACACACACACACACACACACAGAGGGAUGGGGGUCAGUCAACUUGUCAUGCCGUCAAAAGAUAAAGCACAAUUAAAACGGCUUCCCGUUUUUCCAUUCAGUUCUCAACCCUUUUUAUUCAGUAUCCACUUUCCUUCAGUUUUUUUCAGGUAUUUUUAUCCAGUACUCACCUUUCUUCAGUUUUUUCAGGUAUUUUUAUCCAGUACUCACCUUUCUUCAGUUUUUUUCAGGUAUUUUUAUCCAGUACUCACCUUUCUUCAGUUUUUUUCAGGUAUUUUUAUCCAGUA